AUGAAAUUUACCACUAUUUUAUCUGCCAUUACUCUACUUUCCUCCUCCGCGUUCGCUGAGGAUAUCUCAACCGGAGAUGCUGAAUUACCACAGGUUCCAGCAGAAGCUGUCCUUGGUUAUUUGGAUUUUGGUUCCGAUAACGACAUUGCCAUGCUACCAUUUGCCAACACAACCUCUAAUGGUUUAUUAUUUGUCAACACUACUAUUGUUGAACAGGCAAACGAGAAAUUAGAAAACGAUCCCUCCUCUUUAACUAAGAGAGAAGCUGAUGCUGAAGCUAACUGGCAUUGGUUGAGACUAGAUCCAGGUCAACCACUAUACAAGAGAAGUGCGGAUGCUGAAGCUAAAUGGCAUUGGCUAAGGUUAGAUCCAGGCCAACCAUUAUAUAAAAGAGAUGCUGAAGCUGAUGCCAAAUGGCAUUGGUUGAGAUUGGAUGCAGGUCAACCAUUAUAUUAA